GGUCAUGUAGCAAAGCCUAUCUGACUAUCUGUCAUUUGCGCGAGUGAAGUAGUUCCUUGAUAGUGUCUUCAAAGUUUAAAUGCCAAAAAAAGGGGAAAUUAUAAUGAUGCCUCAAUCGUGACCGUCCAAUGCGUUGACCUAAAGGGAGGCGGUUCUUCCCAUCAAGAAAGGAAGACCCCCACCAUUUUCCCCCACUUUGCAAUUGGUGUUGCCAGCGUAUCAUCACAUCAAUAAGCCGCAAAACGCAAAACACAAGCCACCUUAUUCUAACAAACCCCCUCUUUCUUCUUCUCGUCUUCGUCUUCGUCUUGUCCUCCGAUCUGGACUGAAAUCCAAAACUCGAAAACCGAGACCUACUCCAUCCAAAUUGGAAUCGAGUUUGGGAUUCAAUUGGAAGGAAGGUUCUGAUUAGAAACCCUAGGGAGAUAGAGAGAGUAGGGGUUAUGUGAUGAUCGUGGUCGAUCGCGAGGAUGAUGAACAGCUCGAACGGCAUGAUGUCCCCGUCGUCAUCGGGAACUGCACAGUCCCCUGGGCUCAAGACUUAUUUCAAAACCCCUGAAGGCCGAUACAAGCUUCAAUACGAGAAGACUCACCCUUCUGGUCUUCUUCAUUAUGCUCAUGGCAAAACCGUUACUCAGGUUACUCUUGCACAUCUCAAAGACAAACCUGCGCCUUCGACCCCGACUGCGUCUUCUUCAAGUUUCAGUGCCAGCAGUGGGGUGCGGUCUGCGGCAGCUAGAUUGUUGGGAGGAAGCAAUGGAAGCCGAGCGCUUAGUUUUGUCGGGGGCAAUGGUGGAAGCAAGAGUAAUGGAGGAACGAGUAGGAUUGGUUCAAUUGGUGCCUCCAGUUCAAGUAGUUCGCUGGCUAAUCCAAAUUUUGACGGCAAAGGAACCUACUUGAUCUUCAAUGUCGGAGAUGCAAUUUUCAUAAGUGAUUUGAAUUCUCAAGACAAGGACCCCAUAAAGUCUAUUCACUUUAGUAACUCAAAUCCUGUGUGCCAUGCAUUUGAUCCUGAUGCUAAGGAUGGACAUGAUUUGCUUGUUGGCUUGACCUCUGGAGAUGUCUACUCAGUAUCACUGAGACAGCAAUUACAGGAUGUUGGCAAAAAGCUUGUUGGGGCUCAGCAUUACAACAAAGAUGGUACCGUCAGUAACAGUCGAUGUACAUGCAUUGCUUGGGUGCCAGGAGGUGAUGGAGUUUUUGUUGUUGCUCAUGCUGAUGGAAAUUUAUUCGUAUAUGAUAAGAAUAAAGACAGUGCUGGUGAUUCUUCAUUCCCAGUUGUUAAAGAUCAAACUCAAUUUUCUGUUGUGCAUGCACGUUAUAGUAAGAGUAACCCAAUAGCCAGAUGGCAUAUAUGCCAGGGUUCAAUCAACAUGUUUUCUUUCUCAUCCGAUGGAGCAUACUUAGCAACUGUUGGAAGAGAUGGCUACUUACGAGUGUUUGAUUACGUAAAAGAACAACUUAUAUGUGGUGGAAAGAGUUAUUAUGGGGCUUUGUUGUGUUGUGCUUGGAGCAUGGAUGGGAAAUAUGUUUUGACUGGUGGAGAAGAUGAUUUAGUUCAAGUUUGGAGCAUGGAUGAUCGUAAGAUUGUAGCAUGGGGUGAGGGACAUAACUCAUGGGUAAGUGGAGUGGCAUUUGAUUCAUAUUGGUCAUCUCCAAAUUCAAGUGAUAAUGGAGAGAACGUGAUGUAUCGAUUUGGUUCGGUCGGUCAGGAUACUCAAUUACUUCUAUGGGACCUGGAAAUGGAUGAGAUUGUAGUGCCCUUGAGGCGUCCUCCUGGCGGGUCUCCGACUUACAGUACUGGAAGCCAGUCAUCCCAUUGGGACAGUGUUGUUCCAUUGGGUACCUUACAACCUGCUCCAAGCAUGCGUGAUGUUCCAAAAAUCUCCCCAUUGGUUGCUCACAGAGUGCAUACCGAACCACUCUCUGGCUUGAUAUUUACUCAGGAAUCUGUACUCACUGCCUGCCGGGAGGGGCACAUAAAAAUCUGGACGAGACCUGGUGUUGCUGAGAGCCAAUCAAGCAAUUCUGAAAACUUGUUAGCCACCAGCCUUAAGGAGAAGCCUUCACUUUCCAGCAAGAUUGGAAAUUCUAGCUACAAACAAUGACAUUCCAAAUCUAAAGGGAAUUUCAAGCAAAUUUUUUAAUGGUUUGUUUAUCUUUUAUCCAGUUGGUUCCCUUAGUUUUUAACAUGUUGAUUCUAGUAAAGAUGAACCAACUGGUUUUACUGUAUAUUUGCGGAUGAGAAUGCCAUUGUUGGCAGCGAGAGGAUGGGAAGGAGAGUUCUCUAUGGCCGCCUCCUGUAAUUACAGAACGGCUGUUAUUAGAAUGUCUGAUUAGUGAUUACAGGAAUAAUGUGAAAUUGGUCCAUGAAGAUCGAUACUUCGGAAGCGCAUACUGCAUACAAGCCAUUAUUUAUUUCGUUAGCCCUUUAAUUGUUGGUUUCACCAACAUGAAUUGUAUAAAGCUGAAUAGUUUGGCUAUGUAAUCUGAGGUCGGUGAGGGUGCCCUCUUUUCAGGAUAUUAAUAUUCGAUGACGCUGUCCUAAUAUUUAAAUUGAUUCAGCUGUGA